AUGAACAACAAAAAUUAUAUACAUAUACCAAACCUUUCAUCAGUAACUGAUAACUUCAAUAUUAAUACAAAAAUACCACCAAUUUCAUUCGUAAUUACUACACCUUUGAAUUCAACAAUUUCGUCAUUAGAUCAUAAUCGAUCAAAUAAAAUAUAUUCUGACAAUUUAGUUAUUACUCAACCAAUAGUCAGUAAACUAUUGAGUGAAACAAUAAAACAAGAAGAAAUUGAAAAUAAUUCUUUACAAGAAAUAUAUUCGAAAACGAAUCGAUCAAAAACGAAGAAUAUACAGUUACCACCACCAACAGUAGUUACUACUGUUCAUCUUAAUCCACGUGAAACAUUAAAUGGUCUAUCGAUUAUUCCAAUGACAAAUACUAAUAGUCAUCUGAUGUCAACAUUAAAUCCAGCUCAUUUAUCAGAUGGUGCUGGAUCAUAUUUCGUUUCGGGUCUUACUGAUCUGGCAUCAAACUAUAAAAUGAAUCCAUCAUCAAAUACUGAUAUGCCGUCUCCAUCAUCCUCAUCAAAUUCUUCAAAUCCACCAUCAUCAAGUCAUCAUCAGCAACACCAUCAAACUAGAAGACAUGGAGAGGGUGGUGAUCCAACAAGGAAACGAGAAGUGCGUUUACAGAAAAACCGAGAGGCAGCACGUGAAUGUCGUCGAAAGAAAAAAGAAUAUAUAAAAUGUCUUGAAGAACGAGUAGCUGGACUUGAAGCUCAAAAUAAAGCAUUAAUUGAAGAGCUACGACAAUUAAAAGAACUUUAUUGUCAACGAGAAGAAACAAGUAAUAAAAGUAAUUCAAAAACAACAACAGCAACACGUUAA